AUGCAGGAUAUUUUUGUUGCAAUGGAUAAGUCUAGUCCAAGUGAGGCUAAACCAGUUGAAAGACAGACCGAAAACACAACACCACCAACUUCUCCAAAUAACGAUGAAACUCAAAACACAACACCAUCUUCUCCUUUAAUGGCCACACCACUUAGCUAUGUCUUACCGCUUGGAAGCCACAGCCCAACAGCAGCUCCUCCUCUUAUGGUUUCACCAUUUCAAAGCAUUACACCAUUUGAUGAAUCCGACAAAGGCUCUUUUGAUGCAGCUGAUGCGGGUCCAAGUACUGGUCUGGUCAAAAGAGGACGUGGCCGGCCAAAAGGUUCGAAAAACUCGAAGGUGUCCACGAAGAAGCCAAAAGUUUAUGAUCCCAACAGCAGAGUGGUUACAUCUUGUCCAAAUUUCGAUUCGGAGUUAACCGACGCCGAGAGAGAAAGUGGAAACCGAGAGAUAGCUGAUUCGGUUUUGAUGCGGUUUGACGCGGUUAGACGUCGGUUAUGCCAACUAGAGUGCGUGAAAGGCGUGCUUACAACUGCAAUAACUAAUUGUAGGAAUUUGGGUGUUAGGACCAAUACCAAGAGAAGAGUGGGUCCGGUUCCUGGGGUACAAGUAGGGGAUAUCUUCUACUUUUGGGGGGAGAUGUGUCUCGUUGGGCUUCACAAGCAGAUGAUAGCCGGCAUUGACUACUUGUCGGUUAAAGAUGGCGCAACAGAAGGUCCUUUAGCUACAAGCGUAGUAACAUCAGGACACUACAAUGAUGAAACAGAGGAUCUUCAGACUUUGGUUUAUACCGGACAUGGUGGAACUGAUAAGAACGGCGAAGCUGUUGAUCAGAAGCUUGAGAGAGGGAACCUUGCAUUGGAAGCAAGUAAAAAGAAAGGGAACGAAGUUAGAGUGAUCAGGGGGGAAGAAGAUCCGAACGACAAAAAGAAGAAGAUCUACAUCUACGACGGACUCUACUUGGUGUCUGAUCUCUGGAAAGAAAAGGCGAAAUCCGGUUUCGAAGAGUACAAGUUCAAGCUGGUGAGGAAACCAGACCAGCCUUCCGGUUACGAAACCUGGAAAGUAGCUGAAAAGUGGAGGAAGAGCGGUUCGAAUGAUACAAGAAAAGGUUUUGUACAUCACGAUAUCUCUUAUGGAACCGAGACAUCACCAGUUCCGGUCGUGAAUGAAAUCGAUGAAAGCGACAAGAAGAUGCCUGAAGAUUUUCAGUACAGCAACACUCUCACGACUUCUUCGUACAUGGCGCUUGAUCUGAGCCAUAUACCUAUCGGAUGCAGCGAUUGCCAAGGCCGGUCAUGCUCUUCUCAAGGUCCAAAGUGCCUUUGCGUUCAAAGAAACGGCGGGGAGUCUCCGUACCAUAAUCGCAUAUUAGUAUGUCGUAAACCAAUGAUCUACGAGUGCGGCGAUUCUUGUCCUUGUCCUGCCGACUGCAAGAACAGAGUAUCUCAGUCUGGUUUGAAAAUCCGCGUGGAGGUGUUCAAGACGGAGAAGUGUGGUUGGGGAUUACGUACGUGUGAGCCGAUUCGAGCGGGAACAUUCAUCUGCGAGUUUGCUGGAACGGUUAAGCUGAAACACGAGGUAGAAGAGGAUGACGAAUACGUGUUUGAUAGUUCUCGUGAAUAUAUCCUGAGAUUCAAGUGGAACUACGAGCCUGAGCUCGUGGGUGAAGAUUGUUGGGAACCAGUCCCUGAAGUUUUUAAGUUUCCGUCGCAAAUUUUGAUCAGCGCAAAGAAACAUGGGAACGUUAGCCGGUUCAUGAACCACAGCUGCUCGCCGAAUGUUAUGUGCCAGCCUAUUGAGUAUGAACAGAAUCGUAAACCUCGUGUUCACAUUGGUUUUUUUGCGGUAAAGCAUAUUCCUCCGCUGACGGAAUUAAGAUAUGAUUAUGGAAGGUCUUAUUGUAUAGGAGAAGAUGGGACACAAUUCAAAGACGACAAGAUUUGUCUUUGUGGUUCGGUCAAUUGUCUAGGUUUUUUUGGAUGA